CACCUGACUCACCUCAUUAACUAAUUAAGAAGUCAGGUGAUUAAACGAGAGUGCUGGAGGAGAGAAACAGAUCUCAUGAUAAAGGCUGAAGAAGACUGGAGAAGCCUGUAUUUCAGUAGUUGUAAUUAAUCCACAGUUUCUAUACGGGUCUGAAAUUAAGAUUAUUGCUAGUUAUUGAUGAGCUGAAGGUGAUGGAGCAGGCUGUGUUUCCGUCAAGCCGCUGUCAGCUCUCUCUGAGGAACAUCCUCUCCGUACACGAGCAGCCGGUGUGUGAGGAGCAGGCCUGGGCGCUUUGCUAUCAGCUCUGCUCACUGCUGGAGAGGAACUUCAGUCUGGAAGAUGGUCAGAUUUACAGCUCGUGGAAAAGUUUCAGGCUCCCGGGACCGGAGGGGAUUUUCCUCUCCCCGGAUGGCAACAUCUCUCUGCGAAUAGAGCACGGCAAAGUGGAACACCAGUUUGUAAUCGAGACCGAGGCUCAGACGGUAGACUACGUGGGUCGUCUGAUGUACUCGUGCCUGGACUGGGGCCUCGGUGCAGACGUAGAGCGAGAGCUGGACGAGACGCUGGAGCUGCUGGUGGAUCAGAUGACCAAGGUGGACAUCAGACUGGGUGCUGAACGCUGUCUCCAGCCCAUAUGCACCAUCUCCGAGGUCCUGCAGGUUUGUGAAGAGCGCCUUUAUAACCCGAGACAGGCGACUCAGCAUUACAGGAGUGUGUGUGCUACGCUUUACUCGCACACCAUCGAGCUGUGCAACUAUCUGCAGAUCAUCGAGCAAACCCAGGAGAGUCUGCAGAAACUGAUCAUGGAAUCGGAGAACAAUCUGGUGCCGGAUAUGACGACUAACUGGGAGUUCACGUGGAAGCACCUGAUGGACGAGUUGAGCAGAGGUGUUGUCCUGCGCCCUCCGAGGGACAAACUGAACGCCGGCGUCCCUCUGCCAGUCGACGUGUCUCCUUUUAGCCAACUCCUGCAGGACAUCCAGCUCAGACGCUACACACUGCGCAAAGUGAAGGCGUUGGAGAACGCUCGUGGAGGGCGAGGAGCUGAUCCUCAUCAAACGCUGCUGGACAUUAUACGGGCGGGGCCUAAACUGCGGCCGGUCUCGGAGAGAAAACUGAAACCCAGAGUCCAGAACCUGAAACACGAGGUCAGUCUGCAUGAGCUGCUGAUGCAGGAGAUCCGCUCCACUGACCCAGGGAAGCUCCUGUCCUCGUGUCAAAAGAGACGGCCAUGCAAAGAAACAGUAAGUGGAUCUCUGUCUCUCAGCACGUCGCCUGUGAAGUCCCUGACGUCUGUCUAUGAAGAUACAAACGAAGACAUGUCCUUCUUUCUGAACGCAGCUCACAGCUCCAGCCAGGAGGGGGCACCAUGCCGAGAAACAACUUGUAAAGAUGGUUCUGCUCCACAAGAGGACAGUUAUACAGCAGGUUCAUCUGUGAAGAAUCUGAGCUUCUCUCCCGCUCUCUCCUCCACACCACUGAGUCUGUCUGAAGAGUGCAGGCUUUUCCGAGGAAAACGGCGUGCGCGGUCCUUGCCCAGCAACCUGGAGGUCCGCCAGCUCCCACUGCAGAACAAAGUUUCUGUUCCCACAACGAUUGCUGAUGUCAUCAAAACACACUACAGGAAGGAGGGGAAGUCGUCGUGUGAUGCGUACGGGAACUGGCGGAUCUGUUCAUGUUGUGCAAAGAGAAGUUUGUAUUUCACCUGGCACAACUUCUGUUCUCUAUGCAGUAGGGUUGUGUGUCCAGAGUGCUGUUUAGAGCUGCGUCUACCCUUUAAAUGGUGCAUCAACCUUCCCAUAAGCUUCUUCAAGAAGAUUGUGUUGAAAAAAGAAUCUGAGGAAAGUCAGAGACACUUCUGGAACGAGCGAUGGUCGUGGGAUCCAUCCCGGGUUCCUCUGGUUCUGGCGUCGUCUCGCAUAUCCGGUUCUGUCGCUCCUCACACUCUGGCUAUGAGAGACUGGCAUAAUCAGGACAUGUGUGUUGGAUGUCAGGGGCUUCUCCUGGAGGCGUGCGACUCGCCAGCGCCACCUUUCACGAUUAAAGCUCCUCAGGAGAUAUAAAUGAUGUGUCUUCCUUUCUCUCCUCCACCUCCUUGAUUCUUCUAGUGUUUUAUUUGUACAUUAACAAAGAAUAUUGCAAAUGCAGGACACUGUGUUGUAUCUAUUAGCUGUUGUGUGUUUGUGGGUUUUUUUCCCUUUCCACGUCCGAUGUUGGCGCUUUUAAGCCCUUUUCAGCACUGUUCCUUUAGCCACCUGUCACUGUGGAGGUGUGCGUGUGUGUCUUGUUGUGUGUGUUUAUUUAUUUAUUUUUCUUGUUAUUCUGGGCUGCUAAGGCACAGUGGCAUUCAAUAUCAACAGUGUCCUCAUUGUACAGAAUAUUUAACAUUUUUAUAACAUUUUUACAUAUCAGAAUGGAAAUAAAUUUGACUUUUUUCAUA